CCUCCGCCCCCUCCCGCGGCGCCAUGCGCAGACUCAGUUCCUGGAGAAAGAUGGCGACGGCCGAGAAGCAGAAGCACGACGGGCGGGUGAAGAUUGGCCACUACAUCCUGGGGGACACGCUGGGCGUCGGCACCUUCGGGAAAGUGAAGGUGGGCAAGCACGAACUGACCGGCCAUAAAGUCGCCGUGAAGAUACUCAACCGGCAGAAGAUCCGAAGCCUUGACGUGGUUGGGAAGAUUCGCAGAGAGAUCCAGAACCUGAAGCUCUUCCGGCACCCCCACAUCAUCAAACUGUACCAGGUCAUCAGUACACCAUCUGAUAUAUUCAUGGUGAUGGAAUAUGUCUCAGGAGGAGAGCUAUUUGAUUAUAUCUGUAAAAAUGGAAGGCUGGAUGAAAAGGAAAGUCGGCGUCUGUUCCAGCAGAUCCUUUCUGGUGUAGAUUAUUGUCACAGGCAUAUGGUGGUCCACAGGGAUUUGAAGCCUGAAAACGUCUUGCUGGAUGCACACAUGAAUGCAAAGAUAGCCGACUUUGGCCUUUCAAACAUGAUGUCAGAUGGUGAAUUUUUAAGAACAAGCUGUGGCUCACCCAAUUAUGCUGCACCAGAAGUGAUUUCAGGAAGGCUGUACGCAGGCCCCGAGGUGGACAUCUGGAGCAGUGGGGUCAUUCUCUAUGCUCUGUUAUGUGGGACCCUCCCCUUUGAUGAUGACCAUGUGCCAACUCUAUUUAAGAAGAUAUGUGAUGGGAUUUUUUAUACCCCUCAGUACUUAAAUCCCUCUGUAACCAGUCUUUUGAAGCAUAUGCUGCAGGUUGAUCCCAUGAAGAGGGCCACAAUAAAAGAUAUCAGGGAACACGAAUGGUUUAAACAAGACCUUCCAAAAUAUCUCUUUCCUGAGGACCCAUCAUAUAGUUCAACCAUGAUUGAUGAUGAAGCCUUAAAAGAAGUGUGUGAAAAGUUUGAGUGCUCGGAAGAGGAGGUUCUCAGCUGUCUGUACAACAGAAACCACCAGGACCCCCUGGCCGUGGCCUACCACCUCAUUAUAGACAACAGGAGAAUCAUGAACGAAGCCAAAGAUUUCUACCUGGCCACAAGCCCCCCCGACUCGUUCCUUGAUGACCACCAUUUAACUCGGCCUCAUCCUGAAAGAGUACCAUUCUUGGUCGCUGAAACACCCAGGGCACGACAUACCCUUGAUGAGUUAAACCCACAGAAAUCCAAACACCAAGGUGUACGGAAAGCAAAAUGGCAUUUGGGAAUUAGAAGUCAGAGUCGACCAAAUGAUAUCAUGGCAGAAGUAUGUAGAGCAAUCAAGCAGUUGGAUUAUGAAUGGAAGGUUGUAAACCCCUAUUAUCUGCGUGUACGAAGGAAGAAUCCCGUGACAAGCACAUUUUCCAAGAUGAGUCUACAGCUAUACCAAGUGGACAGUAGGACUUAUUUAUUGGAUUUCCGUAGUAUUGAUGAUGAAGUUACAGAAGCCAAAUCAGGGACUGCUACUCCACAGAGAUCAGGAUCCAUCAGCAACUAUCGAUCUUGCCAAAGGAGUGACUCCGAUGCUGAGGCGCAAGGCAAACCCGCGGAAGUUUCUCUUACCUCAUCUGUGACCUCCCUUGACUCAUCUCCUGUUGAUUUAGCUCCAAGACCAGGAAGUCACACAAUAGAAUUUUUUGAAAUGUGUGCAAAUCUAAUUAAAAUUCUUGCACAGUAAACCUAAAACUUUGCUUAUUUCUUUGAUGCAAUAAGCAUGCGUAAUAAAUAAUAGCCAAACACUUCCACUUACCAAGUUAUAUAUAUAAACAAUUAUAACUAAGGAUUGGCCUUUUGGACUGCAUUUUGCACAGGGAUUGGAAAGUGACUGAAAGCCUAAUGUGCAGAAAUGAAUUGGGACCGUUCUGCUCUCUCUCAUUCAUCAGGUACAUACAGCAUAACAGACACAGUGGAUUGCCAGUCUCAGGCUCUCUUAAUUUUUGCUCAUUUUAAUUUGGUAUAACAGGGCUUUGUUGACUAUAAAUUUACCAUAAAGCCUUCACAUAUUACAUAAUUGAUGUGUUUUAUAUUUGCCUCAUGAAUUUAUUGAGUGAGUUUGCUGGAAUCCUCACAGGCCUUAUUAGGCGAUGCUGUUUUCUGGGCUCCUUAGCUUUUGAAAUAGCUACUAUUUCCCAUUUCUGGUAACAUUGUGAACUAUUUCCAUACCCCUCUUAAAAUGCCAUUUUGUGUGGUAAGUGCUAUCAGAUAGUAGUCUCAACUUAAAAUGUUUGUGUGACUUGUAAGCCCACACACCUACAGAAUUUCUGUAUCGGGACACUGAGCCCUAAGUGUACUUCUGCCAUCUCUCUCGAUGCUUUGUAUAUGGAGUGCUGCUUUGAAUCCAAGAGCCAAGUUGCUCACACUGUACUGAAUCAUGUUAUUUUUGUCAGAGCACAGACUCUUCUGGCUCUCAUGCCAGCCAGUAUUGAAUGUCAUUUGAUUGUGUAUUUUAAAAAUCAAUUCAGUGCAUAGAAAGGACAUCUUUUAUAAGCUUUGAAUGCUUGGAUUGGAUUUUUAACCCCUGAUUUUAUUCUAAGCAUUUAAAAAAAGAAAAGAAAAAAGAAACAUU